AGUCUUUUUAUCUCUCUCUCUCUCUCUCUCUCACACACAUACACACAAAACACCAUCAUCAUCAUUCUCUUUCUUCUCUGAAACCCACACGCCCAUAUGCCUUCCUUCUUCACUGUCUCUUCACCUUGACCCAAGAACAAAAACCCAAAAUUUAAUGCCAAUUUAGCACACCAAAACGACACCGUAUUCACUCAUUCUUGCUUUCUUUUGUAAUGGCGAAAAGUGGGGUCUUUGAACGGGAUCCAACCGACAAUUUGAAGAAAGCAUUACAAAAACUUGUUAAAACAAUCGUUGAAGAUUCAUCAGAUGACGAAAUUCUUGAUCAAACCGUACAAAUUUUGCAAUCUUUGAAACAGGGGAUUCAAUAUUAUCCACAAGAAUUCAAUUGCCCGCUUUCUAAAGAAAUUAUGACGGACCCUGUUAUUAUUUGCACCGGAAAAACGUAUGAUAGAGUUUCGAUUCAGAAAUGGCUUUCCGGUGGAAACAGAACUUGCCCGGAAACCGGGCAAGUUCUUUCGCACACGGUUUUGACCCCGAACCAUUUGGUUCGGGAUAUGAUUGCACAAUGGUGCAAGAAUCACGGGGUUCGGGCCCUGAACAGUCCGGGCCCGAACCCUGUUAACCCUGUUCAGUACCCGGAUGAACAGGGGUUAACUGAAGCUGAUCGGAAGCAUUUCCGAUCGCUUCUCAAGAAACUAUCGUUGUCGGAUUCGAUAUCCGAGAAGAAAGAGGCUGCAAGGAUGUUACGGUCGUUGACGAAAAAGAACCCCGCUUUUCGGGGUUUUUUCGGUGAAUGUAGUACCGCGAUACCCGAAUUGAUAAGCCCGUUAUCCGAAAUGAAGAAUGGGGUUGACCCGAAUCUUUGUGAAGAUGUGAUCACUACCCUUUUGAACGUGUCGAUUCAUGAGAGUAACAAGAAACCUGUUGUGGAAACCGUGAAUGUGGUUCCGGUUUUGUUGGACGCGUUAAGAUUAGGGACGAUUGAAACAAGAACUAACGCGGCUGCGACGCUUUUUACGUUGUCGGCACUCGAUUCCAACAAGUUGGUAAUCGGGAAAGCGGGUGGGUUAAGACCGUUGAUCGAGCUUCUUGAAGAAGGGCAUGCGUUGGCAAUGAAAGAUGCUGCAUCCGCGAUCUUUAACUUGUGUAUUGUCCAUGAGAAUAAAACUAGAGCGGUGCGAGAUGGGGCGGUGAGUGUGCUUUUGGACAAGAUUAACCACAGGAUCCUCGUGGAUGAGUUAGUAGCCAUUCUAGCUAUGCUUUCGAGUAACCAAAAGGCGGUUGAAGAGAUGUGUGAUCUUGGGGCGGUUUCAUGUUUGUUUUCUGUGAUAAGAGAGACAACGUGUGCACGAAACAAAGAGAAUUGUAUCGCGAUAUUGUACGCCAUAUGUUUUAGCGAUCGAACCAAGUGGAAGGAAAUGAGAGAAGAAGAGAGUCGUUAUGAGACUUUGUCACAACUUGCGGAAAAUGGAAAUUCGAGAGCGAAAAGAAAAGCUAGUGGGAUUCUUGAUCGGAUUAAUAGGCCGUUUAAUCGCACCCAUACCGCGUAAGCUUCAUGGGGUUUCGAAGAAACAUGUAAAUUUCUCAUCUUUUAGAUCAACACUUUCAAGAUCUAUUAGGGUCCAUGGGUUGUUCAUCUUUAUUGUACAUAAUGUUUUUGACUUUUUUCGUCAACUUUGUUACCGAGUUUGACCUCAAGUUUUGUGACUUCUUGUCCUUUUAAGUAGCAAAAAUAGACCACAGUUUGAUAGAAGCAGAAAAUAGCAUACAAACGUAUGAGGGUGAUGAUAGAGGUCGUCGGUGAAGACGACAUAAAGUGUAGAAAGUGGAACAUUGGCGAUGAUGACCGACGUUUGGCAAGAGAAGCUCACAAAACGCGAAUAAAACAUCGGAUUAUUAGUGUUUCUGUAUUCUAGUAACGUUUAAGAUUA